UAUCCAUGGAAUCCUUACAAUGUCCUUGUUGUUCCACAUUAAUCCCGUGAGUGGAGAUUGCAAAAACACUACCCUGAAGCUGUUUGAUGACCAAAUACAGGCUAUACAGAAGAGUGUGAGAACCAUUGUAACUGAUGAAUUCUGCAACCAGAAAAAUGCUCCCGUGGGUUUUCAUGCAUAUAUGGGGUCAACAAAAACAAUCGCAAAGGGUGUUGUGUGGGUGUAUGAUCAAGUGGUCACUAACACCCACAAUGCCUACAGCGCCACCACAGGAAAGUUCACCACACCGGAGCAGGGGUUAUACACGUUCUCCUAUACCACUUUAAGCGACCCUGGCCAGUGGUCCCACGCCGCUCUUUAUGUCAACGGCAAGAUCAGAAGUUGGCAAGUUGUUAACAACACUGGUGGUAAAUCUCAGUGGCUGUCGUGUAGCAACACCGCCAUCCUUCUGCUUCAGAGAGGUGAUGUCGUUCAUGUUGCGGACCAUUAUUCAGCUGCUACCAUUAGAGGAUUGUAUUCAGAUUUUAGCGGAGCUAAGAUCAACUAAGUUUUAUCAUAUACUAAUCUGGGUUUUUUUCUAUCUGAGGAAAUAAAUAGUUCUUUAAGGACACUUUUUGUUCGUUUUUUGUAAAUGUUGAAUAUGCUUUUUUGUGGAAUUAUUAAUAUUCUUUGAGGCUCAAU